UGUAAAUAAACAAACAAUUAUUUUAUUUAGCAAUCGCGUCGGUACCUGUGGAUGCGUGUCCAACUGGUCAAUACUAAGAUUAAAAUAUUUGCAUAGAUAGAUAGAUAACAAAUUUUGUUUUGUGUUUGUAUUUAACUCGCAGAAACUACAACAUGUCUCUUUCCAAGCCACUGUACUCGCUCUUCGGCAGCUAUCUGGAGCAGCUAUUCAACCAUCCUGUGCGCACAAAGUCACUUACGGCCUGUUUUCUGGCCACUACGGCAAAUGUUACAUCUCAACGCAUGGCAGGUGCCAAGAGACUGAAUCAACAAAGCGUAUUUGCAUACGGAUUGUUCGGACUUAUCUUUGGCGGCUCUGUGCCACAUUAUUUCUAUCAGACCGUGGAGCGCCUGUUCAGCCAGGAUAUGAAGUUCAGAAAGUUCUUUUUGUUUUUAUCAGAGCGUUUAGUUUAUGCACCUAUAUACCAGGCGUUAUCUCUGUACUUCUUAUCCCUGUUUGAGGGCAAUUCACAUGCAACAGCUGUCAAGAAUGUGGAAAAAUUGUAUUGGCCUGUGCUUAAAGCCAAUUGGAAAUACCUGUCCGUGUUUGUCUACCUGAACAUGGCUUAUGUGCCGCCCAUGUUCCGUUCCUUAUUCACGGCCAUUAUUUCGUUUAUUUGGGUAAUUAAGAUUGCACAGAAGCGUCGCCGUUUGCAAGAAAAGAUGGCAGCUGAAAAAUCCAAAUAGACAUUCCAUAAUCCUAACAAUAUUCUUUGUAUAUUGUAUGCUAUUUUGUCUUAUCACAAACUACUUAGCUAAGAUUACGCUUUAUCUACGCCACGUUUCAAAGGUUUCCAAAAAACGUUCCACUUGUUCUAGUGUUUUAAGUACAAUAGUAAUGUAUAAAGUUCAAACAAUAAAACGAACAGUGCACUUGAAA